GCAAUAUAACAAUAGGUUAUCUUGUUCUAAAGCGGAUAUUUCUUAAUGCAGGUAUUGAUAAACUUGUUAUAUUUGAUUUAUCAUCUUUGAUAAUUCCUUAGAUAAUGUUCCAUUAUUUUUAUUUGCUGCUCAUAAAACAGAUGGCUGGAUAUGAAAGCCUCUAAUUAUAUGAAAAGGAACGAAUUGUUAUGAAUUGGAUGUUCCUGAAACACUUCAAAAUGCGGCUGUACAAACCAUGGAAAUAUAAUUGCAAUAAACAUAUAAGUCGUUUUUAGACUUGCUAGAAUAUAAGAAAUACCGAAGCUUUUAAAAUGAAGGUUUCCACAAAGCUAGAUUUUGAUAAAGGAAAUUAAUAAAAACGGAAUUGUUAAAAUUAAUAACGAAGGGCCGAAAUGCGUGUGAUUUCUACGCUACGACAAUGCAAGGCGAAAUUAAACUGAUAUAAAAACAUAGUAGACUAAAGAACAUAAAAAUAAGGCAAUAAACUAUAUAAAAAAGUAAAUAUUUGAAAUGGAAAAGUCAGAAAUUUCCGAAGAAAAUUCCAUAGAAAAUGUGGAUAUAUUAGAUGAAAAGGAGAACAUUGAGGAUAUGAAUAUUGAAACAGAGACUCGAUGUCAGUCUUGUCUUCGUGUGUUCAUAAAAUGUUUGAGGCGGUUUAUCGCCUUUUUGUUCUCGCAUGUUGGCCUAACUUGUCUUGUGGUUGGAUACGCCAUUCUUGGUGGAAUACUCUUCAAAGCCGUUGAGUUGCCUGAAGAGAAGCUGAUCCGACAAGACGCUGUUGAUACCAAAAACUCUUACGCUAGAAAAAUUGUAGAAUUAUUCGACGGCUCGGACAUUCAAAAGGUCUUGGACAAACCUGCUCUGAAUAGACUAGUGGAUGACUUGUUGAAGGAAUAUCAAGAUGAAGUAUAUGUUUUUACCGAGGAAAGAGACUGGGAUGGACGAUUUGAAGGGGACGAUUUUCAGUGGUCCUUUGCAGAGUCCCUUUUAUAUUCUGUUACAGUCAUUUCAACCAUCGGUUAUGGAAACAUAACGCCUAAGACAAUAGGCGGGCGUUUGCUGACAAUCGUGUAUGGAAUAGGUGGUAUCCCCUUAACCAUGCUGUGUCUACAUAACAUAGGGAACCUGAUGGCUGGCUGUUUCCGGUUAAUUUACCGUCACGCUUGUAUGAACAUGACUUACCAAUACAUCAAACUAAAGCGUAAACGUAUUAAGAAACGAUUUAUGAAGAGGUUACAAGGUAAGACAAAAGAUAUUCGCGACUGGGCCAGACGACAGCAGUCUCACGUGUCGUCAAUUCUUCAUCAUAACCAUAUAGAGAUUGAUUCGAUUGAAGAACAGGAAGUGAAUGUUAACAUGGAAACUGAACAGCUAGCUAUUGAUAAAAACAAAGAGCUUAUAGAAGAACUUAAAGUUAAGGGUUCCGAAUCCCGCUCUAAGCGAAACAGACGACACUCGGAUAGUUUGUUAAAGGAUACCAUUCAAGUUACCCGAGGAAGAAAAUAUUCGUUAUCACCUCAUCACCGCUACGGUGCAGUGCAUGCAAGUCAUGAUCUUUCGGUUAUUCCGGAAGACGGACAACCAGAUGUCACGAUUGAUGAUAUUGGCCAUCAUGAACGCAAACGAACGACAUCAACUGACACUGAUAAUCACUCUAGAACAACAAGCUCUCUGUCGCUUACAGACUUUGAAGAAGAUGAACGACUUUUGAAAACAAAACUGAAAGAAACACGUGAUCUUGUUCCGAUUUCCGUUUGCCUCCUUUUGGUAACCGGAUACAUCAUGCUCGGUGCAUUAAUAUUUGCAUCCUGGGAAGAGUCAUGGAAUUUCCUUGUGGCGUUUUACUUUUGCUUUAUAACGCUUACAACGAUUGGCUUUGGUGACUUUGUUCCUGGAAUGGGACGCUUGGACAAUGAUAUGAAACGUGUGUUUGGAGCGAUGUAUUUGUUGUUUGGCAUGGCAUUACUGGCAAUGUCUUUCCAUUUGAUCCAGGAAGAGGUGAGACAUAAGUGUCGGAAACUUGCCGUGAAAAUUGGAUUGAUAGAACACAGACUGACUGAACUACUCGACAAGUAUGAUAACAGUCAGACAUUAUAACAAGAAAAGUACAUGAAAUUUUAAGUGGUAAUAGAAUGCUACUUAAGUAUA